AUGAGAUUUGUGUAUUUACGCUUCUUCUCCCGAUUUCGAUUCGAGCUUGACCACAGAAAGGCAGAAAGAUUGGGCGCAGCAGACAAUCAAAACAGCGCCUGCUCGCGAGACUUACAACAACUUUCUUUUUACCACCCAGAUUAUCCAGAAGCCCACAAAAAUCCUGAAAUCCUUUCGAAACAAUUAACAACUCAUAAUUGCCUCACUCAUCGUUACAUGCCACUUUACCAUCGAAGCAAUGACGAUGCAAGAAAAGAAAAGUCGAAUUUUUAUGAUCACAGAGAAAUCCCUAAUUUGUUCCAUAUGGUGUUCCUAAUAGAUAAGAGAAUUAGUCAAACUAUAAGCAGAGAGAUGGAGAAAAGUCAUGUUUCAAUUUUACUCGACCAUAACGAGUGUUUUAAAAGUGAUCUAUUUAGAGAUAUGUUGAACCUCCUUCUGCUUAUGUCUCUUUACAAGGACCUCACAGAGGGAAAGGAAAAGAUGGGAAGAAAAAAGGAAUCCCAUGAGUUACACAACAACAAGAAGCUCAUUUACUGUCAAGAGAAAUCACCAAAAAUUAGCUCGCAAUCUAAAACCUAA